AUGAUGGAUGUUGAGGAAGAAAGGCUUUGUUUGUUUGGCAUCGCCGACUGCUCUCUCCUUCCUCCAACCAUCAUGGUCCGCCUAAUCACUCAUAACCUGCUCGCAUGCCAUGCAAAAGACUGCAAUGCCAACAAUUUCCCACUUCAGUUCAAGGAUGUGAAGCUAGAGUUCCGAGAAGCCGAUUUCAACCCUGAUUUCCUGAAGGGUUUCAUGCCGAAAAUCGAGUGGAAAGCUCUGGUCGAUACGGCUCGAGAACUAGGAGACACGUCAUUACCUCUCGAACAACCGGAAAUGCUCGACGAUGACUUCCUGAAAAACCUCCAUCACGUCCUUCUCGAGAUCCACGUCGAGGAAGGUUCUAUGACAUGUCCGAAUUGCAAUCAUGUCUACCCGAUCUCGAACGGGAUACCUAACAUGCUCCUGGCAGAACAUGAGAUCGGUUAA